AUGGACUUCAAACUGUCCAAAUUUCUAGAAAAGGUGUCAGAUUCCGACUUGUACUCGGAGCAACUUCGUGAUUUUGAAGAUGUUCGUGAUGUUUCGGUUAAAAUAUUGGGUCUUUCAUGGUUUUCUGGGGAUGAUCUAAAAAGAUCAUUUAAGACAUCUUCCAGUGAUACUCGUUGUACCAAGCGAUCCAUUCUGUCGGACAUCGCAAGAAUCUUCGACCCAUUGGAUUCAACUGUCGCUCUGACUUGGAUUCGUGCUUGUCCAUCUAAAUGGAAAACUUUCGUGGCUAAUAGAGUGGUAAAUAUUCAGGAGAAAGUCCCUCCGCAAAAUUGGCAUCACGUUUCUGUGUUUGAAAAUCCAGCGGAUUGUGGUUCUCGCGGCUUACUUCCUGUUGAUUUAGUCCAGAAUACGUUAUGGUGGGCGGGAAACCCUGAAGUGUCGUGGCCACAUUCAGAGAUGUCGUUCGAUCAAGCCGCUGCUGAUGAACAAAAGAUUUAUAGUCUUUUCACAGCCUCUAAUAUGUCGUUUAUAGAUGAUUUAUUAAAUAGAUUCUCGUCGUUACAGCGCGCCUUGCGUAUUUUGGCUUAUUGUUUUAGAUAUAUUCAUAAUUUGCAAAACCCUAUGCUGAAAAAUAAUUGUAAUUUGUCGGGUGCAGAGAUAAAUCAAGCGUUUCGUUUUCUAGUGAGGCAUGUUCAAGCGUUGUUUUGCAUCAGAAUUUUGUAUUUAUCGAAGGAAGAAUCGUCGCUUUCCAUUUCCAAACCCAUUCGAAAGUUGUCUCCAUUCUUGGAUGAACAUGGUCUUUUGAGGGUGGGCGGUCGGCUUUCCAUAACUUAUGAUGUCAAACAUCCAAUUUUAUUGCCUCGUAAUCAUAGAUUAACAACACUCAUUAUCAAAGAGUAUCAUCAUCGGUUUAUGCACCCUGGUAUGCAAACUUUGAAAAACUUAUUAUCUCAAGAGUUUUGGAUAUUGUCUUCGAAGAGAGCUAUUCAUGCAGUAAUAUCCUCGUGUGUAAAAUGCUUUCGUGCUCAUCCUAGAGUUGCAGCGCCACCUAUCAUGGGUAAUUUACCAGCGUGUCGUAUCAAUCAAAUAAAGCCAUUUUCGGUUUCGGCAGUCGACUAUGCUGGUCCUUUCGAUAUUAGUUUGGGUCGUGGUCGUGGUACACGUACAUUUAAAUCGUACGUAUGUGUUUUUGUAUGCACUUUGCACCUUGAACUCGUGUCUGAGUUAACUACGGAAGCAUACCUAGCAGCUUUAAGGCGCUUUAUCGCUCGGCGCGGUCGUUGCUCUCGGUUGAUUUCGGAUCAAGGUAGAAAUUUUAUCGGUGCAGCAAAUGUAUUGCAUGACUUGCUGCAAAAUGCUACGCAUGUAGAACAAAUUGAAUUUGUCUUUAAUCCACCAGGUAGUCCGCAUUUUUCCGGUUUAGCAGAAGCUGGUGUGAAGUCAAUAAAGACUCAUUUGUCUCGUGUAAUAGGUAUACAACGUCUUACUUUCGAAGAGUUUUAUACCGUCUUAGCUCAAAUAGAGGCCAUGUUAAACUCAAGACCUCUAUCGCCUAUCAGUUCGGAUCCCAAUGACUUUUCGGUGUUGACUCCUGGUCAUUUUCUCACCAUGGAACCUCUCACUAUAUUACCUGAAAGUAAUCUAGUUGAUAUAAAAUUGGGACCGUUGCAGCGUUGGAAAUUGCUACAAAAAAUCCAUCAGGAUUUCUGGCGCAAGUGGCAUUUAGAGUACUUGCAUACCUUGCAGUCGCGUCUCAAAUGGUACAACAAACAACAGGAGAUUGAUGUCGGCACUCUUGUUCUCAUUGUCAAUGAGCAAUGCAGUCCAAUGAAAUGGAGGAUUGGUCGAGUAGUCAAACUUCACCGUGGUACUGAUGGAGUUUGUAGAGUCGUUACCAUUCGAACCAAUUCUGGUGAAUGUAAGAGGCCAGUCGUUAAACUGUGCCCUCUACCGUUAUCAAAUUAA